CCCUCGAUAUCGCCACAUUUCCCGAAGGCAUCAUUUCAAGCUCCAGUUCCGCGUUUGGAAAACCCGGUUCAGUGUUUCGUUAGCUUUUCGCGAGUGCGGUUGUUUGAAAUCGAACACAAGAACCAGUCCCAGUGGUGCCGGGAAAGUGCCAAAUUGGAUUAACCUGACUGUGAUUUUUGGAAAGGAACCACCGCGAAUAAAGUUUAGGACCAGACUCGCUGCAUAUCAUCGCUUGUUCCUGACUCAUCGAAUAGAUGUUAGCGGCCCCUGGUAUGCACAUAAAACAGAAACAACGAUGAAAAUUAUACAUCCCGCUACAGGACGGAUAAAAUCACGAAAACAAAACUGUAUCUAGAAUAUGGAAUCACCAACCGUUCCUCAGGAUUUCCCGGAGCCUACCGCUUCCGAUGCUUACAUAAUCCCAACACUUGGCAUCACUCGGGGCAGUUUUGGUUUCUCGUAUCUGUCAACAUUCCUGUCAUAUAUCACACCGUACGAUCUACCAGUAGCUUAUUGUUUUCUAGAGCUCUUGCGGGAUGCCUUCCAUACGCGGGUUUCGUUCUUGCAACUCAUCAUGGAGGCCCUCAAGGUCGAGUCCGGGUACAUCUGUCUGAUAGCAAUAUUUUUCCUGAUUUCACUCAUCCCGCUGUGCUACACUAUCGCGUGGGGUUGCUCGAAAACAGCGGAGGACGAUUUAAAUUCCGGACCUACGGUAGAUGCAAUCAUUCAAGCCGAGGAGUUAUCGCUGGAGGAAUCGCUGAAGUGCCGACGGAGAGUACUCAGCCUAACGCUACAAAUUAUAAUCCUCCUAUUGAUAGCUGGAGUAAUCGUCAUGUUCGUAACGAACGAGCAGAUCGCAUCGGCGAUCGACCAAACUCCGUUGGUAGUGCGAUCGUCGCUGACGGACGUAGAAACGUUUCUUCGUGAUGCUGAGCAACAGAUAUCGUUCGUGAUUUUCGAAGGUUUGUCGACGACUGUUGAUAGAAUCAAAAGCGAUCUGGAGGAUAUCGACAAGCUGCUAGGAGAACCGAUUCAAAAUCAGCUGUCACUUUUUACCGGGAUAGAGAUAAUCUUCGAAGCUAUUAUGGACAUCAGUACAAGCAGCAACAACCUAUCAAGAAGGAUAUUUCUUCUUCAGGAAAGUUUAGCUAGAGCGGCCAAAAUAUCUUACGAGGCGGAGUAUCGGUUGGAUGAACUACAGAUUCAACUUUCCGUUCUGCAACGGCAGUGCAGCUAUCGAGAUCGACCGCUGUGCGAUACACUGAAGAUCAAGAGCUUCGAGGAAUCUGGACAGAUAGAGCGGCUUCGAAAGAUACAGAAUGAUCCGGUAUUGGCGAAACUAAUGUCGAUGGGUGAAGCAGGCAAAAACAGUACAAUGAAACUGUUAACCCAAGAGUUGACUGUUGCCAGAUCAAUUUUUAGAAACUAUCGAAUGGAGCUGAAGAACAGUACGAACGUAGCGAGGGAGCAUAUCAACAAUCAUUUAGAGGAACUGGGUAAUGCAACGUUUUCCUCGACCAAUGCCCUAUCGAACACAAUCAAUAACUUGGUAGGAGAGGUAUCGAAGACUGCUAAUUUCUCGGAUUCUCUAUUUGACUAUUAUCGGGACAUUGGUGAAAUUCUGUGGUGGACUGGACUAACAGCAACCAUCUGUACAUUGUUGAUCACUUUUCUUCUAUUAGGAGCCUUAAGUUGCGGAUGUUGUCACUCUGAUAAUAAAGCAGGAAUAACCCUUGUUGUUGGAGCAGUCAUCAUUUCUAUGUGUAGUAUUGCUCUUUCUGGAUUCGCCAUGGUUGAAAUGCUGCUAGGUGCUCACGGCCACGUUUUCAUAUGUCAUCCACUUUACGAUAUUCCGGACUAUACCGUUCUGAGUAAAUUGUUAGAUAAGCCAGGAAUGAUUUAUUCAGCAGAACCACCGAAUGGGAUCAUAGAAAAACUAUUGAAAGUAGCCGAUCCCAAUAGAACUCUCUCGGUGAAUAUUCCGUUGGCUAGUGUAAUAAACGAGUGCGAACGGAACCGAGGUGCAUUUUCAACCUUUCAGCUGGAAGGUUUGAUCAAUGUUUCAUCCAUCAUGGACUACAACAGCAGUCCUUAUCUGGAUAAUGCAAUCGAACAACUAACCGCUUCGGAAGCUCCUUUCAUCAAAUUCACUGUUCAUAUUCAAGCGGUACUGGAAGAUAUGUUGAAUGACUCGGACGUGAACUUGGCUGCAUUCCGGACGGAUUUGACCCAGCUUUCACCGGAUAAAGACGUUGUAACGUUCAUCGAUCAGUUGCAACGGGUUUCUGCUCAAAUACAGGAUGUAGCCACUUCUUCUCGAAUGGCAACUUUGGGAAGCCGAGCGAAGCGACUGCAAGGAUCACUGCUGCACCCAUUGGAACAGCUACGUGGUGAUAUCGUGUACCAUCUGACGGCACUAGAGUUGCAAAUCCACCCAUGGGCUACACAGCUGAACAAAAGUUUGACCCAUCUUCGAAACGCGCAGUCUUACUUGGACGUCGAAGCAGCUGCGGUGUGUCACAACAAGAGUGAUCUGUUCCGGGGUCGCCUGAGGAGCCAUUUCGAGGCCUAUCGGAAUCAUUCCAGUGUAAUCUUGAGUGACAAGUGCGCUAGCUGUAGACCGUUGUUCGAUAUUUUUGAUGCUGCAAGAAUGCUAUUUUGUCAUCACAUUAUGGAUCCAAUGAAUGGGCUAUGGUUCGCAUCGUUCGUCUGUCUGUUUCUGUGGGCUAUCGCGACGCCCGUAUCGUUGAUGAUGUCCACCACCUAUCGGCGGUUGGAGCUGCUUUCGAGCAAAUUGCAGCACACCAACAGUAAUUACUACGGAAUCGUCGAUACUAACCUUUCCGAUUCGAGAGUCCUUCACCAUCGUCACCUGCAACUCCAGCAGCAACAGCAACUGCCACAGGAAACUUCAAGUCAUUGGUCUACUCAAAGGAAUGCCGAUUCCACUCUGUCCCGCAUGGGAGCCCAGCACCAUCAUCAUCAUCAACAACAAAUACAGCCGCAGGCGCCGCCACCAGAACCAACGAGCCAUUGGACCAUUCAAAGAAAUGCCGAUUCAACUCUUUCUGGUGCGGGAGCUUCACACCAUCAUCACCAGCAGCAGCAGCAGCCACCGCCGCCACAACCACAACCACAUCCACAAGAACCGAUCAAUCAUUGGUCAACGCAAAGGUCACGUACGGUGAAUUUUGCUACAGCCCCGGACAGCCGCAGCCUCGAGGAAAACAUCACUCUAGAUGACCUGGAUGUCAACCAGGAAAGCCAAGACUCCAUUCAGUACGUUGAUCUGUCGUUUGAAGAUACCUAGUGUCGCAAUGUUUUUAUAAUCUCUUACUAUGCAGUAUUUAAGAAACCCACAGUAAUAAAGCGUGAAAUAAUUAUACAA